AUGUCAGUCAUGCAAACGGGCACAUUCCUAGCCCUGAAAUAUGGCACCCAAGCCAUGAGCACGACAUCCUCCAACAAACCAAAAUCAAAGGGAAACAUAGAAGUUACUUCAAAGUGCUCGACACUAGGCGGGGCAUUUGCAGAUAUGGCAUACAUAGCAGCGAACGGCUGCAAUGAUCUCGUGCGAAGCGACGCUGUCCAACUAUCCUCUAGCAACAUCCGCGUGGAUGCUGUUGCGCCUAGUCCUGCCACUAUAAGCAUCUUUACUACUUCCAAACUUGCUGAAGUAGGCGUGGAAUAUCAGCUCAAAAAGACCGCUGAGGAAAUUCGGAAUGAGUCUGCUGGGAUCUAUCAGGGCUUUGGACUAGGUGAAGAUGAGACAUACUAUUAUAACCGCAGUGCUGCGCCGGGGGAAAUUGCUAAUGUUGCUGUUUUCUUGGCUUCGGAUCUGCCAAUGGCGAUUAAUGGUCAGGCUAUUGUUGCUGAUAGUGGGAAGUCGGUUGCGGCAUCUGGGGAUACUUCCACUGGGCCGGUUCUUCCUAUGAGUCCUUUUAUAUUGUGA